AAAGAUCAUUAAAACCCUUAAAGACUGGAACCCAAGACAAUACAUUUUAGAUUUUUCUAGCAGGAACAUUUGAUGCUUUGUGUUCCAGCUUUCAGUUGUGCUUCUUUGACCUGCAAAGAUAAUCUGAACAAGUUCUAGCCAGACACUCAUCAUAUGGUUAUUCUUGAACAAAAUGCAUUUCACAUCCCUAUGUAUCCUGUUGACCCUGAUGGCCCUUUGCUGGUGUUUGGACAAUGGCUUAGUAAGAACUCCACCAAUGGGCUGGAUGACAUGGCAGAGGUAUAGAUGUAACAUAGACUGCAAAAGUGAUCCAGAUAAUUGCAUUAGUGAGAAUUUAAUCAAAAGCAUGGCUGACAAGAUGGCUGACAGUGGCUGGCGAGAUGUUGGUUAUACUUAUGUCUCCAUUGAUGACUGCUGGUCUCAGAAACAAAGGGAUUCUAAUGGAAGACUUCAGCCUGAUCUUGAAAGGUUUCCAAGUGGAAUGAAAGCCCUAGCUGAUUAUGUUCAUGCUAAAGGGUUGAAACUGGGAAUAUACAGUGACAUGGGUACCUACACAUGUGGCGGGUACCCCGGAACAACCCUGGACACCAUCAAGAUUGAUGCUGAAACUUUUGCAUCCUGGGAAGUUGACAUGUUGAAAUUUGAUGGAUGCUAUUCAAAUUCCACUGAAAAGGCUUUAGGAUAUCCUAAAAUGAGUGAAGCUUUAAAUGGAACUGGGAGGCCAAUUCUCUAUUCCUGUAGCUGGCCAGCCUAUGAGGGUGGGCUUCCUCCAAAGGUAAACUACACUCAGCUGGGCAGCAUCUGUAACAUGUGGCGAAACUAUGGUGACAUUCAGGAUUCCUGGGACAGUGUGCUGGAUAUAAUUGAGUGGUACGCUAAAAAUCAGGAUGUCUUACAGCCAGCCGCAGGCCCUGGAAGAUGGAAUGACCCAGACAUGUUGAUAACUGGGGACUUUGGCCUAAGCUAUGAACAAUCCAAAUCACAAUUGGCUAUUUGGGCAAUUCUGGCAGCACCUCUUAUCAUGUCUAAUGACCUCAGAACAAUAUCGCAAGAUGCCAAAGAUCUAUUACAAAAUCGCUUGCUGAUUUAUAUAAACCAAGACGCUUUGGGAAAGCAGGGAAGUCUCAUCUCACAAGUUGGCAGUCUGGAGGUGUGGAAGCGAGAGCUGAUAAACGGACAGUAUGCAGUGGCCGUGCUAAAUAAAGGAACAGACGGAUUACCCAGACCUUACACUACCAGCCUUGGCCUGCUCAACAUCACCCAGUGUACUGAUGGAUAUAAAAUGUACAAUGUAUUUGAAAAGGAGUACAUAGGGAUGUUUAAAUCUGGCACACCAAUCGAUAUGAGGGUAAACCCCACAGGUGUUAUUUUUCUGUUCAUAAGUCCGGUAUCUAGAUCAUAUAUGCCAUAAUCUCACUGCCUUUCAAACUGUCUUAGUAAAGGGAUGGUGCAACUAUCACAGGAUGUGUAUAAAUUGCAUUCAGUAGUAUAAGAUGACAUUCUGGACAAUAUCUUUUUCGUGUACAGAACUAGAUAUGCCCAGUAUUUUUAUAUGUAUUUUUCAUGCCACUGCUGUCGUACAAUCAAAGCAAAUUAUCGAAUAGCUGUACUCUAUUAUGGGUGAUUUCUCAUACUUAAGUUAGUAUAUUACUGACUCACUGAUUUACACCAGUUUCCUAAAGCUCUUGGCAAAAUUUAAAGGGAAAAAAAUCAUUCAGCCAAAUACCAAAUUCUCAACACAAAAAAAUGAGGUUGUAUGCUGAACUUUAACUUGCAUGUUAAAAUGUUAGUAAAAAUAAAAAGCUUCAGCCAGGAAUUAAAAAUGUUGCCUUCAGCUGUAAAGUUGUUUGACUUCACAUGACUUAAGAAUCAUGGAUUUAGUUAGUCUGAAUACAGCAGAUUUGAAUGUAAACCUGAAGUCUGCAAAAAGCACUUGGAUUAAAGCCAAUUCUGGAUUUGGUCUCAUUCUUGUUCAUGUAAUAGUCAGAAACAUUGUCAAAAGUAAGCCAAACACAGGGAACAUUUGUAUACUCAAUAACAAAUAUUAAAGAUUAUUAGACACACCUA